UAUAGGAAAAAAGAAAGAAAGCAUCAGCCAAGAACUGAAGGAAGGAACAGCCCUCUCCAUGUAUAUGCAGCAAAAGAGCACGCCACUUCCAAGGUCCGGCCCCUCAAACUCAGGCGUCCCGAUCGCUCCGUAACCGCCUGAUUAAUCUUCCGCUCCUCCCAGAACUGCUGUCUCCCCCGGCUUCCGCCUCGCGGGUUAAUCCCAAUUGGGUUGGAGCAACCCAAUUGGGGAUUAAUUAGAGGAUCGGUACUCCGAGGUUUGCUUCUUCUCCUGUUCUUGGAUUGGCAAGGUGAAUCGACUGGUCUGUCGCAGGAGUAGAAUCAUGAAUCUGAAAAACAGCGCAUCGGGGGACUACGGCGUCAGGUUAAAUCAACCAGCCAUGAUGGUUCAGACAAGAUGCAGAUGGUUCAUCGGAGAUGUAACUGAGGUGUUGGACCAAAACACAUGGAAGCUUGGCAAGAUUGCAAAGAUGCUGAAGAACAAUUACUUUGUCAUCAGGCUCGCCGAUUGCAUCCAGCUGAAAGAGUUCCACAUUACAAGCUUGAGAGUCCCACUUCAAGACGAUCCUCCUACAGCAGCUCCUUAUGGCAAGCAGUUUCCUGCAUCUGACAAGGCCGCCCGAAGAGGCAAACAGCUACCUGCAGACCUGCUUGGGAGAUCAUCAGGCAACAAGAAACGGAAAUCAGCCGCAGCUCUGGACUCUCCUCAGCCAGUGCAGAGAAGAAGACUCAUCUCACACGCCCACAAGACAGCAGCAGCAAUGGCGGACCACCACCCCCUGCAGCAGAGGUAUCUCCAGGUUAGGGACGAGGCCGAGGCGGAGUGCUCCGUGGCCAGCUGCAGCGCGGACAGCGUGGCGGCGGCGGAGGAGCUCCGAUUCGGCAAUGGGUGCUGCUCUGUGGGGCGCGGCGACGCCAUGUCCGCCGCCGCCGGGGCCGGGCUCCCGUGCGCGUCGUCGGGGAGCACGGAGGACGACGGCGUGCUGAGCGACGGGUCGCAGGAUGCCUCUGGCGGCAGCGGCGGCGGCGUGGAUGUCCACGAGCUGGAGCUGGAGGCGUACCGGUCGACGGUGCGGGCGCUGCACGCGUCGGGGCCGCUGACGUGGGAGCAGGAGUCGCUGCUGACCAACCUCCGGCUGUCACUCAACAUCUCCAACGAGGAGCACCUGCUCCAGCUCCGCCGCCUCCUCUCCUCCUGAGACCAGAUCCUCCCCCGUCCCCGGCGCCGGCGCCAUUGGUCUCUGAGAACGGACACCUGCAGCUGCAGGGCGGUGUUCGCAAAAUAAUUGAUGCGAUCUUCCUUUCUUUCCUUUUUCCUUGUCGAUCUUGGGGAAGAGAUUUUGUUUCUCCGUCUUGUGUAGAGUUCGUUGCAGCAGCAGCAGAGGAAGCGAUCGAUUCGACCGGUGCCCUCGACGUAGAGCUCUGCUAGUGCUUGCUGCGCCUCCGUCUUCCAGCCUUUGCCUGUCCUGGAUUGCUCGCUACUUAUUGCUAUGUAAAUGUAAAAGUCCAUCUAUCUAUGAUCCCACACAUUAUUUA